GGACUGGUGAACUUAGUGAGGAAAUGAAGGCUACUAAAGAAGUACAAAAGAUUGUCGACGAGGUUUGUUUAGAACUCGUAACUAUGAGCAAGCGCGGGACAUAGACCACAGGAGGCCCAAGAGUAAUGUGCGUGAUUUUGGGUUCUACAGGUUAUUAACGGAAAUACCUAACAAAUUAAGAUCGAAUUUUGAGCGUAAGGCCAAGCUCAGCCAGGAUUUCAGAGUUUAUCCAGUUGAAUAGUAGCACAAUACGCGUUCCAAAGAAAGUCGCUAAAACAGCGUUAAAAGGACUGUAAGCGACAGAACACCUACGAAAAAAAGGUAGGGAGACUUGACACGUUAUAUUCCUCGCUUUUAUUAUCCUUUCGAAUUUUUUUGGGAUUUUUCCUUUUUUUUGAACGGCUCACGCUUACGCUUAAAAUUAGAUCUUAAUAUGUUAGGUAUUCCCGUCAAUGACCUUUAGACCCCAAAAUCGCACACAGUACGCUUGGGCCGCCUGUGCAUAGGAGUAUAGUAGGAAGUUUGUAGCUAUGUUUAAUCACACAUUUCUCGUUUCCUCUCGCCAUUAGUAAUGACGGGUCCAGACCUUGAGCUAGGGGGGUGGGGGGGGGGGGAAGGGGGCAGUUUUUUGUGGGUAUUUACACCUGCAGGCUUUUCUUGCCUCUGUUUUUAUAUUUUAGCCAAAAUAAGAGGGGGAGGCAGGCCCCCUGGACCCCUCCCCUAGAUCUGCCACUGACUGGUAAUUGGCUUGACUGUGUCUCGCCAAAAUACAAAACAUGGCUCAACAUUAUUCGCUUCAUAUACAAAUGUGCCACUGAAGCAUGCCCAAAAGUUAGGAUUUGGAAAAAUUAUAGAAGUGUAGCAGAAAUCUCUAUAAAAGAAGUUUAAUAAAAUUAUAUGCAACAGUUGAAAAUUAAUCUUAACUCUAGAUUUGAUAGGUCUGUCAACUUUUCCAUCACAGCAUCCUAACUUGUUCUUCCUUCUAAAAUUCUCUGCCCCCUUCCCCUCUUCAUUAAAAAGAAAAAGAAAAAAAUUCGGACUAAAAUUUCCUGUGGACCCUCUUCUAUGACAAGUACGUUGAGACUUACUUGAAGUCUGACCUUGGUACUGCACAGUAGAUGGUCAAAGUCCCUGGCUUUAUCAAAACCAAGUAACACGCUAUGCAGAAAAUUAUCUGGUUUGUCUCAGAAUUUAUAUGUUAAGAGAUUAUUUGAGAAGUCCUUCGCUGCAGAUCACAUGAACACAGUUAAGGAGCAUACUCUGGGAACUUAAACCAGAAACCAUAUAGGAAAAAUCUUAACCCAGUUUGUGCACACCAAUCUAAAAACAAUGUAUUUAUUUUUUGCUUUAAAGGAGGAAAAAUUGCAGCCAACCAAUGAUUUCCCUUGCAAAAACCAAAAAGAAAUCAAACAAAUGCCCGGCUGCACAACCAAAAUCUGAACCCCCAUCAGGUUUUUCCUUAGAGGCAAUGCGGUCAGAGUUAUUUUAGGUCUGAAUUUUAAUUAAAAAUGGUCAAAUUUUGUGCCAUUAUGUCCUUACCAACCUUAAUACACAAACUAUGCACUUUGCUAUACAUGUGCUGGUAUGGAGAAACAUAAAUUUGUUUAAAAAUUAAUGAAUAUAUUUUAAAAAUCUCUGGUAUCUAUUUUGUUUAGGUUAAGAGCCAGGCUGAGGCAAUGGCUGGUACAAAAUUCAAGGAAUUUAAAGCCAUUUCUUAUAGAACUCAACUUGUAGCUGGCACAAAUUACUUUGUGAAGGUUUGUAUUUGGUAUUUGUAGAGGUCUCAUGCGGUAAAUACUGUUACAGAACAGCUUUGAAUGGUCAAGAUAACAGUCUCCCCUCCUCUUGAGAUUGUAGUUCGUCACUAAAUGUCAUAGAGAUGGCCAAGCGAUAUAAGUCUCUUCAAGGCUGUAGAACAUCUACUUAUAUAUCUCUCAAUAAAAAUGGAAUCCAGUUAAUUUCAUUAAACAUAGUUAGUGUGCGCGUUGUUCUUUCAGCGUCCAAUAUGAUGCGUGCAACUCUCUUCUGCAUCUGUAAGACUCUUUCUAGCAAUUUCUUACUGCAAGAUGACCAAAUUGGACUGAGGUACAACAUGACUGGCUCUAUAACAGCCAGACAAAAAAUUAAUCUGUGCCUUUGCUUGAGAUAAGGACUAAUAUGCCUCAAAAUUCCAAGUCGUUUUGACAGUUUCUUCCAUAAAUCAACCAUGUAUGCUUCAAAGCUAAGAUCUUUAUUAAUGAUUAAACCAGAGACAACUGCUGACAUGCAGGCUAAGCUCAGCCAGGAUUUGAAACUUUACUACCUUAUUGAUAAUUUAAAUUAAUCAAUAAUAAUUAAUAUUAAUAUUAAUUAAUUAAUUAUUAUUACAUUUAAUAUAAUCAAUAAUAACCUUGUAUCAUCUCCUUGUGAGGAUAACCUCUGUUUUAUUUCUCAGGUGCAUGUGGGUGACUCUUCCUAUGUUCAUUUGCGCAUAGAGCAAAGUUUACCACAGUAUGGAUCAAAAGUUGAGUUAAUAGCCAUCAGGACUGGAAUGUCGGAUGAUGACAGCUUGGAUUAUUUUGUAGCUGAUGGGAAAAAAUAGUUUUUUUGACCAAUGAAAAUAAUGGUAGUUUGUUUAGAUAACGAUUCAAUUUAAAAUGUCUUUUUACAGCUUAAGAGGUAAAAAAAAUUCAUAACUGUUUGCACAAAUUUGAAAAAAAAAAAAAAGAAUAUUAAGUUUUGUAACUUUUUUUCGUUUAAGUUAACUUUUUGUAAGUGAAGCACUACCCAAC